AUGAAUUCUCCAGUGUCGCCGCUACCGCCAGAUGGCAGCUCUUCCACAAUCAAGACCAAGUCCAAUAUCCUUUGUGCGAAGGGCUCAGGCUACAAAAGGAUCCGAUGGAGAAAGUACGAUCCCAAGAAAAGGCCAGCAGAAGCCAACGGCGAUCAAUUCGUCCAAUGGCUCCCUCCCAACCCUACACGGAUCGACUCGAGGGAAGAAGAAAAGCAACAUUCGCAUGUCCCUACGCCUAAGCGAAACGAUAAAACACCUCCUUCUUCCAAGGCGACUAUAACAUCUCCACUUCUUCCGCUUCCUUUGAACGGGACAAGAGUCGAUCCUUUCCUGAACUUACCUAUCAAAGCCACGCAUUGUGUUAGGGACACUAUGGACUACUUUGUAACUAUUUGCAAGGGUCUCAACUCGGACGGCUCGAUUGUACCUGGACCAGUGAACCCUCAUCUUUCCCUACUGCUUCCAUAUGCGCUGCAUCACUCUAUUCUGUUCGAAUCUAUCAUUGCAGUUUGCCGUGCGUCCAUUCUUCUGUCCUUGGGUCGUUCUACAUUCGAGGACUCGGCCUUCAUUCAGCACCGAGGAAAUGCUAUCGCUGGGCUCAACAGGAAGCUUCAAUCCAGGGAGUGCACCGACGAUGACGCCCUUUUGACGGCCACAAUGCUCAUGACCCUCGAAUAUCUGAUGGGGAACCAGUACGGCGUACGUAUGCACUGCACAGGCCUUGAGAAAAUGCUGCAACUUCGUGGGCCUGUCUCGAAUGACAAAGAGCAAUCAGACUGGGCAAAAUUUGUCCGGCAAGGUUUGACUGCCUACAAGGCGUUGGGAUCAUUUGUGACCGGUCAACCACCCGACAUUCCAGCCGACUCCCCUGGCUAUCUUAAGGAGACGUUCGAAGAACUCGCUCUCGACAAACCGCUUUCUUACCCUGAACCGCCUUAUUCACCUGAUUUAUGCAUAGUCCUAUCUCGACUUCCUUCGGGGUUUUCGGAACUCUGCCUGAAGUCCCGCAUUUCAGUGCAGAUGAUCAAUGUGGCUGCGUCAAUUUCCGCUGCAACUACGCUGUUGGCUUCGAAGAGUCUUCUUGACGGCGUGUUCAUGCUCUCGCCCCCCGAACAGGGCCUCUGCGAUGAGGAACGCCAUCAAACCAUGAUUCAGACACUGUUGUCUUCCUUGCAACGCAUGUCACUAAGUUCAAUGGUUCCGGUCGAACACAGCUUGACAUUGGGUCUGCUUUCAUACGUUUUUCAGCUCCGAUCUCUAUCACCACUCAACCUUUUCUACGACCCUCUUCUUCGCAACUUCAUAAUGAGUUUCCCUUGCCACUCCAAACCGUCUACUGUUGAAGAACAGAAUUGCCUCAUAUGGUCAAGUAUGGCGGCUGCAGGCGCAUUGGCCUUGAGAGUAGUGCCGAUGCCUGGUUCACAUACCGUUAUGGACCAUGCGCUGGAAAUCUACCCAGAUAUGCGAAGCUGGGGCAAGGUUGAGAAGAUCCUACGUGGUUUUUUUUGGACGGAGGAUAUCGGCAGCCACUGGAAGACAGUCUGGGAGGCGGCUAUACAUAGGAGGGAGUUUCUCCUGCGCCGGAAUUUCAGCGUCCAAGCACAGCAUGAGAUGGCUUUCCCAGCAAGUCUAGAUCCUGAUCCAGCGACAAUAUGCAAACACAUCCAGGGGGCUCCAAGAGCCAUGAUCGAAAUGAGUCAAACAAUGGGGAUAUGUCCGUUUCGCCCGCGACCCGCCAAAGACGAGGAGAUAAUUGAAUGA